CGGCGAGCGCGGGUUCGGCGAGGGACGGAGCGUGUGGGGGGCCAGGGAAGGAGCCCCGGCAUCGUGGGCCCACGCUGUGAACGGAAUGGGGUUGCCAGCUUUCAAAAUCGGGAACUGUGCCGGUGUCUUUAACAGCAGAGGAUCCUAUUUGUUGCUGCAAAUCGGCAUGCUUUAGCGUUACUUUGCAUUAUAUCUGUAUUUUGCCUUUAUGGGCUUUACUGUUUUAAUCGGUUAAAAAUAUUGCGCGGUGGUAGGGGGCUAAUAUUGCGUGGUGGGGAACAGGGAGGAAAAGAGCUGGGGGACGCUUCGCUUGCGUAAAAUUUUUCGCAUAUUGGGCUGCUGUUAAGGGCACUGGAGCAGGGCAAGUUGGAAAAAAAAUGGAAACAUGGCAACUCGGGGAUGACGCGUGGAGGUAGGAAGAGAUCGGCAGGCUGGGCGUUGGGUUCCUGACUGUCUUCCAACGUUACUCUCCCAAAGCAAGAAGGUUCAGAAGAAUUCAGCCUGACCUUGGCAGUCCCCUGAGCUGCCAUCCAAUGUCCUUCGCUCUAGGAGACACCUGGAAGCUAGUGAAUGAGGUUUAGGGCAUAGACAAGUGAAUGGAAACUGAAAGACUUGAGCUCACGUGCCUCCUGUGUAAUGGAUGUGCCUUGAGCAAGUUAUGUACCUCUUCGUUUUAAGCCUUCGAAUUCAAGCAUGAAGAUUAUUGCUUCAAACGAGUAUGUGGCCAGAGAUGUGCAUCUUCUGCUGCCUUGGAUACUCAAAUCUGUUGCAUUUGCACCUUAGGUUUACAUUUCCAUGUGAAAAUGCAAUAUGCAAAAGAGCGUAGAAGGCUUGUUGGGGGAUGACCGCAUAAAGUGUAUAAGCACUUGUAUGUUCCACAUGACAAAGACACUGAUGAGUAAGCAAACAGCUGCCCAUCACUGCUCUGGUGUUGCAAAAAGUAUAUUUCUGAGUGUAGUCCUGUGUAUUAACAGAGGAUGGCUCAUCCUGCUUGUCAGUUUUGGGUGGGAAUGGGGAGAUGUUUGUUUUAAGUAAAUUCCCAAGAAGCCUUCAAAGCUAGCAACUUGGAUAUUGCCUGUGCCAAGCUCAAGAAGAAGAGAGAAUAGUGUAGUGGAUGCAUUAUACUCGGGACUUCAAGGGAAAGGCAGAGUUCAGGUUUACAGGAUCUAUCUGAUUUUUCAAAAGAACCACGAUAGCAACCAGUCAGAACCAAGUGCAACAUAAUGGCUCAGACACAUUCGGGAUUAAGGAACAGGGUGCCACCGAGCUGGGGAAUGUGUCAGGGCCAGAACCAAGCUCACAAGCUCUUUAACACAAAAUUACCCUUCUGCUUUUUCCCAAAAUGUUCUUUCUCUGUAACCAAGUUUGUGUGUGACAGUGAAUCUUUUUUAACCUGUUCUUUUUUACAUUGGGAGACAAAAACCCUAAAUAAUAUUGGAAGUCAACCAGAAAUCUGCUGAUAGACCCUGGUCCGUCUUCUGUUAUACCUGUGCUAUAUUUCCUAGGCCUUGUUUUCUCUUCCCUAACCACCAGCAAAGCUAUUUCUCAGGGGAAAGGUGUAUUGUUGCCUAAUCUUCAUGGCAGGAGGAGGGAGGAUGAGUACAUGGUCGGCGUCAGCUGUGAAGACCUUGGCUGCUUGCUGGAACUUCAGAGAGGCCAUUGGCACAUCAGCAUUGCCAUUCCAGAAACAGUGACAGGAAGUUUAGUUUAGGUGGUGUCUGGCUGAGCAAGUGCUAAGUCAUGGCGGGGCAAAUAUCGGAAUCAGAUCAGAUCAAGCAGUUCAAGGAAUUUCUUGGGACGUACAACAAACUGACAGAAACCUGCUUCCUGGAUUGUGUGAAAGAUUUCACUAGCCGAGAAGUUAAGCAAGAAGAGAUGAGUUGUGCAGAGCACUGUUUGCAGAAGUAUUUAAAAAUGACCCAGAGGAUAUCUAUGAGAUUCCAGGAGUACCACAUCCAGCAGAACGAAGCACUGGCUGCCAAAGCGGGACUUCUCAGCCAGCCUCGCUAGAAGGCAGAUGGGUACACAAAGGAUUGCCAGCGCUGACUGCCCUGCAUGUGAGGGUGCCUCAUUUUCCACUGCUGCUGCAGGAACACCUUCUAGCACAGAACAGCUCUGGGAACAAUUGGGCUGCGGGAACUAUCGGGGGCUGGCAGUGGCCAUGGAGCUGGAGUUGGCAGUGGCCAGGCAACUGAUGGAGUCCAUUCUGAGAUCCUGUUUUCCCGUGCAGUGGCGUAAUCUUGAUGCUGCCUUUUCUGCAGGCCUCUGGACUGGCCCUGCCAGUCACUAGGUUAAACAUGGGAAGGGAGCAAACACUUUAAAGAAAUUGUUUCCCGUACAAUGACUGUUCAUUUUAAAACAAGCGAGUUAUCCAGAAAUUAUAUCUUAAAGUGUCUAAAGCAAGGUUUAUUUUUUAUUUAAUCAAACUAAAAUAAAUGGAAAUUACUGUUUGUA